GGCAGGCUGGCCUUUUGAGUCACAGCAGCGCAGGAGAGGAAGCUCAUUAGGCUCAGUCCUGCAAGGUGGCACACACACAGCUGAGAAUAAACCACAAAAGAGAGACUUGAUUAAAGAAGCAGCAAUGGACCUGAUCCCAAACUUCUCGAUGGAAACCUGGAUGCUCCUGGCUACCAGCCUGGUGCUCCUCUACCUAUAUGGAACUCAUUCGCAUGGAAUUUUUAAAAAGUUGGGAAUUCCUGGGCCCAAACCUCUGCCUUUCUUUGGGUCAAUUCUUGCUUACAGGAAGGGUUUCUGGGAAUUUGACAUAGAAUGUCAUAAAAAAUAUGGGAAAAUGUGGGGGUUUUAUGAGGGCCGAAACCCUCUUUUGGCUAUCACGGAUCCAGACAUGAUCAAAACAGUGCUGGUGAAGGAAUGUUAUUCUGCCUUCACAAAUCGGCGGUCUUUUGGUCCAUCGGGAAUUUUGAAAAAAGCCAUCUCCGUUGCUGAGAAUGAAGAAUGGAAGAGAAUCCGAGCAUUGCUGUCUCCAACCUUCACCAGUGGAAAGCUCAAGGAGAUGCUCCCCAUCAUUAAGCAGUAUGCAGAUGUGUUGGUGAAAAACAUGAGGCAGCAAUCAGAGAAUGGGGAUCCCAUCAAUAUGAAAGACAUCUUUGGGGCCUACAGCAUGGAUGUGAUCACUUCCACAUCAUUUGGAGUGAAUGUUGAUUCCCUCAACAAUCCUCAGGACCCUUUUGUGGAAAAAAUCAAGAAGCUCUUAAAACUUGAUGUGUUCGAUCCAUUGUUACUCACAGUCACACUCUUUCCAUUCCUUGUCCCAAUACUUGAUGUACUAGGUUUCUGCCUGUUUCCAAAAGAUGUCAUAAGCUUUUUUAAAACUUCUGUGCAACGAAUGAAAGAGAAUCGCAUGCAAGAGAAAGAAAAGCAAAGAGUGGAUUUUCUUCAACUGAUGAUAAACUCCCAGAAUUCCAACAUCAAGGAGUCUCAUAAAGCUUUGUCCGACCUGGAGAUUGUGGCUCAGUCAGUUAUCUUUAUCUUCGCUGGCUAUGAGACCACUAGCAGCGCUCUUUCCUUUGCUUUGUAUUUGCUGGCCACUCACCCUGAUGUCCAGAAGAAACUGCAGGAUGAAAUCGAUGCAGCUCUGCCCAAUAAGGCACCCCCCACCUAUGACGCCCUGGUCCAGAUGGAGUAUCUGGACAUGGUGAUAAAUGAAACUCUCAGAUUAUAUCCAAUUGCUGGAAGACUAGAGAGGGUCUGUAAGGCAGAUGUGGAAGUUAAUGGGGUUCUCAUUCCCAAAAGGACUACGGUGAUAGUACCAACUCUUGUUCUUCACAAAGACCCAAAGUAUUGGCCAGAACCUGAGGAGUUCCGCCCUGAAAGGUUCAGCAAGAAGAACGAGGACAACAUUAAUCCUUACACAUAUCUGCCCUUUGGGGAUGGGCCCAGGAAUUGCAUUGGCAUGAGAUUUGCUCUCAUGAACAUGAAAAUUGCUCUUGUCAGCAUCCUGCAGAACUUCUCCUUCCAACCUUGUAAGGAAACUCAGAUCCCUUUAAAAUUAAGCAAGCAAGGACUUCUUCAACCAGAAAAACCAGUACUUCUAAAGGUUGUGCCAAGAGAUGGGACCAUAAGUGGAGCUUGAUGUAUAGCGGUUUGUUAUGGUGCUGUGUUCCACUGGAACAGAAACCAAUUCAGAUUGUGGAUAAAUUCAAAGAUGAAGACUGUGGUAAUCUUGUGCAUACAUGCAGGAUUCUGGGUAUUCAUCGAGCUUACUAUGGAAGAAAAAGAUGUGAUGACAGCAAUCCAAGAUAUCCGUUCAACUUCCUGGCUUUUGUGGGACUCCCUAUUUCUACUUCAUUGUCACCACAAAAUCCCGAUUUCCUUUGAGAAAAUAAACACCAAUUACAAGUUUUAUCAACAA